AUGGAUCAACUCAAGGACAACACGUUCGCGAUCGUUGAGGAGGACCCACAGGCCACACCCCAGAUCGAACAGCUAAUCGACGCGGAGAAUGUGGCCCCAGAUCAAUUCGAUGAGAAAUAUCGCACCACACGAUCGGAGAUUUGGGCUUAUUACUCCUACUAUAUCGGCAACAAUGGACUUUCUCUGUUCAACUUUGCGCCUACCGCUUUCCAGAACUUGAUGUACCAAGCAGCUCCACCGAGUGGCAUGCUCGACUUUGCCGGCCGAUCACGAACAAUCAACAGUAUCGUUUUGCUGUGCAACGGCAUCUCCUUCGCAAUUCAAAUCGUCGUGUUCCUUGCGAUCGGCAGCUUUGCGGAUUUCGGUUAUUGGCGACCCAACAUAUUGAUCGCGCUAUCGGUGAUCGCCUGGGCAAUCGGCUUUGCAUGGCUGGGGGCUCAUACCUGGGACAAAUGGCACGUCGGUGUUGGGCUUUACAUUGUCGGUCUCAUCGCUUACCAAACGACAUUGACCUUCUGGACCGCCGCAUUUCCAGGACUUGCCCGGAAUACGAUCGAAAUGAAGGAGAAGGCCGACGAGUAUGCCUCUGGGAAGAUUACGCGUGAAGAAUACAACUACGCCGAUACCAUGAUGCGAAGCCGUCUGUCCAAUGUUGCCUUCUAUAUCCAGUCUGUGGCAGAGAUCUUUAUCCUGGCUAUCAUUGUUGGUAUUAUGUUUGGGUUAGAUGUCAACGCUAGCGAUGCCAACAAUAACUGGGGUUUGAGUGUCCUCAUUGCUUUUGCCUCGGGCGUGUGGCUCCUGGUAUCCUUGCCGUGGUUCUACCUUGAGAAGCGCCGCCCGGGUCAAGAUCCCGGUAACCGAUCUAUAUUAGUUGCAGGACUGUGGCAGCUUUGGCAUGCAAUGAAGCAGAUCUGGCACUUGAAGCAAAGCCUGCUCUAUCUGAUUGGGUAUUUCUUAUUGGGAGACUCCUUGAAUACCACAGUCACCGUGAUUGGGACUUUGCAAAAUGAGAUUGUUGCCUACAAUACUUUGCAAUUGACAUACCUUCUAAUUGUGGGAAUUGCAGCCCAAGCGGUUGGUAUUUAUUCAUUCUGGUUCAUUCAACAGCGCUAUCAGCUGGGAACCAAAACCAUGUUCAACGUUGUUGCAUUUUCCAUCAUUCUACUAGAUGGCUGGGGAAUGAUCGGAAUCUGGACCGAUGGCUUUGGAUUCCACAACGUAUGGGAAGUUUGGGUAUAUCAAGCUUUUUACGGUCUCUUCGUGUGCCCCUGGUAUAGCUACUCGCAAAUUAUGAUAUCUGAAGUGACACCCCGUGGCCAUGAAUUCCUGUUUUUCAGCCUUUUCAGUAUCAUUGGCAAGACUUCAUCGUUUAUCGGCCCAAUCGUCUCAAGCGCUAUUAUCGAUGCGAGCCCGACUUCCAACACGUCCACUCCAUUUUACUUCCUUUUCGCUUUGAGCUUCGUUAGCUUCCUUCUCUUGGUAUUUUGUGUGGAUCUGAAAAAGAGCCAGGUGGAGCAGGAGCAGUUUUUGUUGGACAAGGUCCAGCGCUUGAAGAAUACUAAGUCUCAAAGCUCAGGCGAGAGUGUCUAA